AUGAUGGCAGGUCUUGCCGUGCUCGUGGCCUUGAGCGUCGUGCUCUUUGUAGGAACGAUCGUCGUGCUGCUCUUCUUCUGUCGCCGCAUUCAGCUCCAGCGGGAGCGCGAGUCGCUCGUGUUUGUCCAGGAAACAACAGACGUCUAUCGCGAGGAGCUCAAUGACAGUUUCAUGGAGCAAGCGCUGUGGCGCUGUGGCGUGUGCAAGUUCCUGAACCACCCGGAGCGGAAAUUGUGUGACUUGUGCCAGACCUUAUGCGGCGCCGAACGAGACGUCGCGGGCUACAAUAAGAGCCACUCGAGACGCAGUUUGAGCGCGGGUUCCGUGCAGAGAAUGACACGCAUUGGCGAGACCGAAGCGUUUUCGUCGGCACGGGCAGAUGACGCCAUUGGCGGCUCAAUCAGUCGUCCCAGCUUUGAGCUCCCAAGGAACCAGCGCCUGUCGAACAGCAACAUGAGCAAAUUGCAGCUCGCAGCAAGUCGGCGACAGCAGUGGAAGCGAAUGCCGACUACCGACGGCUUGCAUCGAUGGGUUCGACAGCAAUCGGCGCGCCGACAGUCAGGUGCUUUUGCACAACGGGAGUCAACGGAGCUGGAUCCGGGAGGGAGAGUGUCGUUGAAUCGGUAUUUGGAUUCGACGGACCGAGACAGCAAUUUGUCGGUGGGGUACAUUCGCGUGCGAGAUUCGUUAGGAAGAUUGGUAUUGAACGACAGCGACGUCGUGGCAACGGAUUUCCACUACCGGAUUAAAAUCCUGGACGGCAAAGGGAGUUCCGAGCUCAUUAUGAAUCUCGAGGGAGUUCACAAUUUGCCAUUCCCGGACAAAAUCCGCUGGUUCUCGACGGAAAUACAUCGGCUGUGGCUACCUUGGGAAUCUGGACAUGCAGAGCUGGUAGUGCGACGCGAUCAUUUGUUGCAGGACUCGUUUGAACUUGUAGGAGCGAUGAAGGCGUAUCAGUUACGGCAGAGAUGGCGCGUGGUGUUUGACGGAGAGCCGGCAUUGGAUGCAGGUGGCGUUAUGCGCGAAUGGUACACGCUGCUUUUCGCGGAGCUAUUCGAUCCGACAUUCGGUCUUUUUGUGAGCACAGUGGGAGACGAGCGAAGUUACUGGAUCAACGCGAGCUCGGACUUGCUGAUUGGUGAUGAUCACUUGGCCUACUUUGAGUUCGCUGGUCGGCUCGUGGGUAAGGCGAUUCUCGAGGAGCAUUUAAUGCCGGUGCAUCUUGCGCUACCAUUCCUCAAACAUAUCCUGGGCGUACCGAUCUCCUUUUCCGACUUGCAAUUCCUCGACGAUGAGAUCUACAAUAGUGCCUUGAUGGUGAAAAAGAUCGAUGACAUCGAACCGUUGUGUCUGGACUUUACAGCCACUCGCGUUGUGGAUGGUCGUGUAGAAAUUGUAGAACUCGUCGAAGGCGGCGCCAGUAUCGACGUGACACGAGAAAAUCGCUUGCGCUACUUGGACGCUCUCUUCAAGUAUCAUGUGCUGGAAAGCGUGAGUGGCCAGCUGCUGUCGUUUCUUACGGCGCUAUACGACGUGGUGCCUGAGGGCUUGCUCAAGGUGUUCGACUACCAGGAGCUGGAGUUGCUCAUGUGCGGAGUGCCAUCGAUCGACGUCGAGGACUGGAAGAAACACACGGACUUCAAGUUCUAUUCACACAACUUCCCCACGGAACUUGAGCUUAAUAACAUUGAGUGGCUCUGGGAAGUCGUGGAAGACUUGAAGAACGAAGACCGCGUUCGCUUGUUGCAGUUCACGACAGGCACGGGUCGUGUUCCAGCGCAGGGGUUCAAGGGAUUGAUUAGCAGCGACGGUCGCGUGAGACGUUUCAAUGUUGCCUUCGCCGGCAGAGACCAGUCGUUCCUGUUCCCGAAAGCGCAUACGUGUUUCAACCGUUUGGAUCUGCCAAUCUACAACUCGAAAGAAGUGCUGGCGGAGUACAUUAACCUGAUCGUACAGAUGGACAUCACUGGUUUUACGAUCGAGUGA